AUGGCUGUCGACGAAGAAAUGAAACCGACUGUCUCCAGGUCGUCGGAUCCUGAGGCAAUUCUCGACGCUAAGGAUCCGCUUGCUGCAGCUGGAUUUGAGGAUCCAGAUGCAGGGCUGAGUGACGAGGAAAGGGCGGCGAUUGACCGCAAGCUCCUUUGGAAGCUCGAUCUUCGUCUUGUGCCAUGGCUCAGUCUGCUAUAUCUCGUUUCGUUCCUUGACCGAACAAAUAUCGGCAAUGCAAAGAUCGUCGGUCUCCAAAAAGACUUGGGCAUGACAAACAGCCAAUACAAUGCAACCCUCACCAUCUUCUUCGUCUCGUACUCCAUCUUCGAGCCGUUGACCAAUGUCCUACUCAAGCGUCUACGACCAAGUGUGUUCAUUCCAAUCAUCAUGAUGGCCUGGGGAAUCUGCAUGACCUGCAUGGGCCUUGUAAAGAACUUCUCCGGCCUGAUGGCUGUCCGCUGGUUCCUCGGCCUCGCCGAAGCAGGCCUCUUCCCCGGCGUCGGCUACUUCCUCUCAUGCUGGUACAAGCGCUCCGAGUUCGGUGUGCGAAUGGCCAUCUUCUUCUCCGCCGCGGCGCUAGCCGGCUCCUUCGGUGGCCUGCUAGCUGCGGCCAUCGCGAAAAUGGAUGGCAUUGGCGGGAAGCGGGGUUGGGCGUGGAUUUUCAUUCUGGAGGGACUUUUGACGUUCAUUAUUGGCGUUGCGUCGUUCUGGUGUGUCUACGACUUCCCCGAUCAGGCGAAAUUCUUGUCCGAUAUCGAUCGGAAGAGAGUGCUUAGACGGCUUGCGGAGGAUCAGCAGUCCAGUGCUGAGCAUGAGGAAUUCAAGAUGGACUAUUUCUGGGCCAGUUUGAAGGAUUGGAAGACUUAUACUGGGGCGGUUAUCUAUAUGGGAGCGGAUGGGUCGCUUUAUGCGUUUUCGCUUUUCGUGCCGACUAUCAUCAAUGAAUUGGGCUACAGCUCUAUUCGUGCUCAGUUGCUGAGCGUCCCACCUUAUGCCGCUGCCGCUAUCGUGACCGUGGCUGUUGGCUUCAUUUCGGACCGUACGAGACAGCGUGGUCUCUGCAACAUCGCCGUCUGUUUGGUCGGUAUAGUCGGAUUUUGUAUGCUGAUCGGCUGUGAGACUGCCGGCGCUCGCUAUGCGGCAACCUUCCUCGGGGCUUCGGGCAUCUACCCAGUUAUCGCGAACACGAUUUCAUGGGCUAGUAACAACACCGAGGGUGUGUACAAACGAGGCGUGUCCCUCGGAUUUAUCAUCGGCUGGGGCAAUCUGAACGGCAUCGUCUCAUCCAACAUCUACCGCGACGAUGACAAGCCAAGAUACUACCCCGGCCAUGGAGUGGUACUCGCAUACCUAGUCCUCUUCCUCUUGGGUGGCACUGUGACGCAAUACCUGCUGCUGCGCCGCGAGAACGCCAAGCGCAGACGUGGCGAGCGCGAUCACUGGGUUGCGGGAUUGGAUCAAAGCCAGAUGGCAAUGUUGGGUGACCGGCGACCGGACUUCAUCUACACUCUGUGA